GAAUGCCUGCUGAAAGGGGAAGAUUAUGAGAGAGUAAAGCUGCUAGAAGUAAGUGCAGAAGAUGCAGAACGCUUUGAAAGGAAAAGAAAGAAGAGAAAUCCUGAUCUUGGGUUUUCAGACUAUGCAGCUGCUCAAUUACGUCAGUAUCAGCGGUUGACCAAGCAAAUUAAACCUGAUCUGGAAAAGUAUGAACAAUUAAGAGAAGAAAGUGGUGAAGAUUUUUUUCCAACUUCAAAUAGUUUACUCCAUGGAACUCAUGUGCCCUCCAAAGAAGGCGUUGACAAAAUGGUUUCAGAUCUUGAAAAACAAAUUCAAAAACGUGAAAAAUACAGCCGGAGACGUUCUUACAAUGACGAUGCAGAUAUUGACUACAUUAAUGAGCGGAAUGCCAAGUUCAAUAAGAAGGCUGAGAGGUUCUACGGGAAAUACACUGCAGAAAUUAAACAGAAUUUGGAAAGAGGGACAGCUGUAUAGACCAAAAAGUUCAGGAGGUUGGCCUUGCUUUCUCAGUUUGGCUUCUUUAAAACCUUCAUGUGCAAAAUACACCUUGCAAACAUGUUCUAUAGUACUCCUUCUCUCAAAGGGUAUGUUAGAAAAGUUUUAACAAUUAUGUAAUUGUAGAAAACCAAAGUAUUUGAAGUUUUGGUUGGUGAGCCAAUUGUUAUUUCAUUUUUGUUUUUUUAAUGAAGAUGAAAAUGUUAAAUCACAAAUCCAGAUUUUUUAAUGUACCUGUGGUUUAUUUGAAAACCAUUACAAUUGUGUUAGUUGAUAAUUAAUUUUGGUAGUUUGAUUAAACUAAGAGCCAUAGCAUAUAAAUCUGUUUUAAUUUAAAACACUUUUGAUAUGUUAUGUCUGCUUAACGAGCAUCUGGUUUAUAACACAAUUAGUGGGAAGCCCCAAAAAGUAAUGAAACAUAAUUCAGACAGAUGCACAAAACAUAUCCAAAGUAGUCUUGGCUUUUGUACA